ACUUUCUGUUUCUGGAAGACACUUUGGUCACGAUGAAGGUUUUUAUCGUAUUGUCGGUGCUGCUUGCAACGGCUUUUGCUGGCCUUAGCGAAGACCUUUGGUUGGCCAAGCGGGUUCGUCCACAGGGUUUGAAGAGCUUGGUGGAGCCACGUUACGAGGGCCGAAUCGUUGGUGGUCAUGAAGUGCCGAUAUCGUCGCAUCCUUACCAGUUGUCCCUGCGCCAGAAUGGAAACCAUAUCUGUGGUGCUUCGGUCAUCUCCGGCAACUGGGCGUUGUCCGCUGCCCACUGUACCCAUCCGAUGCCACCGGUGGCCAGCAUCUCGUUCCGUGGUGGUAGUUCGAGCCGGCUGGAGGGCGGUGUCAUCUUCCAGGCUGCACAGAUUGUCAACCACGCAAGUUACAACCCGAACACGCUGGACUUUGACGUAUGCGUCGUCCGUAUCACGACGACGUUCACUGGACUGCACAUCUCACCCAUCAGCUUGGUACCAUCGGGUACGGACUUUGCGGUCGGCACGCGUAGCAUCGUAUCGGGCUGGGGACUAAUGGCGGCAGGUGGUCAACUGCCAGCGAAUCUGAGGGCCGUGGACAUUCCGGUUGUUUCGCAAGCCGGCUGCAGCAACUCGUGGGGCGGUGGCAUCACUGGAAACAUGAUCUGCGCCGGAGAACCGGGCCGUGACUCGUGCAACGGUGACAGUGGUGGCCCGCUGGUUACUGGAGGUCGUCAGUUCGGUAUCGUUUCCUGGGGAGCAGUUCAGUGCGGUGGAGUUUUGCCUGGAGUGUACACGCGCAUCGGAUCGGCUGGAAUCCGAAACUUUAUCACCGCUCAAACCGGAGUUUAGUCGAUUGUGCAUUGUAGAUUACUUGUUUUUCAGUAACCGAAAGUAGAAUUGUAUGAUAAAUGAAAAUUUUCUCUACAUCCGAUUAAAACGAAGAAGUCAAAUCCAA